GCCAACGGCACCGUGCAACUGCAACCCUUGCCAGCUGCAGUACGCCGACGACCACGCGUCACGGCAGCAGUGCAAGCUAAAACUUCUACUCGUUCCGCAAUGGCCCUACCGAUCGCGUUGUAUCUGUGCGUCAGUGUGGUGUGUUUGCUGGUGCUUUGGAUACGGCGACGGCGCAACUAUUGGCCGGCACGCAAUGUACCGACCAUACCGGGCCACUUUCUGCUGGGGAACUUUGAGGGGCUGCGCCGGCAAUCCGUCGCGGACGUGUCGAACGAGCUGUACCGCCAGGUGGACCGGCGGGAACGGUUCUGCGGCCUGUCGAUCAUGCUGCAGCCCACCCUGAUGAUCACCGAUCUGGACCUGAUCAAGUCGGUGCUGAUCAAAGACUUUGCCCACUUUACCGAUCACGGUGUGUACCAUAACGAGCGUGUCGAUGCCCUGUCCUGCCAUCUGUUCUGUCUCGAGGGUGCCAAGUGGAAGAGCAUCCGGUCGAAACUGUCGCCCACCUUUACGACCGGUCGGAUCCGGGCGAUGUUUCCCAUCCUGCGGCAGGUGGCCGACAACUUUGCCCACUUUCUGCGGACGGAAGUCGAUGGUAAGGCGGAGCUGGAUAUGAAGGAUUGCUGUGCGCGCAUGAUGAUCGAUAACAUCGGCGGGUGUGCGUUCGGCAUUGAGUGUAACAGCUUUCACGAGCCGGACAGUGCGUUCCGUCGGACGGGUGAGCUGGUGUUCGAUAAGCCACGCCACUCGCAGGUUGUGAGCAGCUUGCUCCGUCUCUACCCGGCGCUGGGCCAUCUGCUCGGACUCAAAGUGAACCACGACGAGGUUAUUGAGUUCUUCACCGGGAUGAUGCGCCGCACGGUGGCGAUGCGCGAGAGUAGCGACACUGCCGCAGCCACGCCCAAGCGGAACGAUCUAAUUGACAUGAUGCUGCAGCUGCGUGCGGCCUCGAACGGUAGCGCCCUCUCGAUGGACGAGCUGAUGGCGCAAGCGUUCGGGUUCUUUCUGGCCGGGUACGAAACGUCCUCCUCCAAUGUGACCUUCUGUCUGUACGAGCUGGCCCUGAACGAGCACUGUCAGGAGCGGGCGCGUGUGUGCGUGCGGGAAGCGCUGCGCAAGCAUGGCGGCUUAACGUACGAAGCGCUCGGCGAGAUGGAAUAUCUCGAUCGUUGCAUCAAUGAAACACUGCGAAAGUAUCCACCACUGCCGCUGCUACCCCGGCUUACCUCCAAAGCGUACCGCAUACCGGGCAGCGAUGUGAUAUUGCCGGCGAAAAUGCGAAUCCAUCUGCCGGUGUAUGCGAUCCAGCGUGACGAGCGCUACUAUCCCGACCCGGACCGGUUCGAUCCGGAUCGGUUUGCGCCGGACCGGGUGGCCGAGCGACACUUUAGUGCGUUUUUGCCGUUCGGUGAGGGGCCGCGAAUUUGCAUCGGCCAGCGGCUGGGCGUGCUGCAAUCGCGCAUCGGUUUGGCGACGGUGCUGGCCAAUUUUCGGGUGCGGCCGGGCCCGAGGACACCGAUACCGCUGGUGUUUGCGAAGGAUGCGGUCACGCUGCAGUCGGCCGGGGAGGUGUACUUGCAGGUGGAACCGUUGCCGCAGCAAGAGUAAUUUUGUACAGGACGGCAGGGUGUAGUGUUGCUGUGGAAUGAGUUCUGUGAUUUGAGUAGGAGAAAUUGGUGGGAGGUUUUGAUCGAAUGUUUAGGAAAAACUCACCCAAAAAGGUCGUUAUCUGCAUCCAACUGCCUUAGUGAAUGUAAACGUAGGUAACCUUAUAUUAGAUGAUUUUUACACUCGUCUAAGGGCGCCUAAAUUAGAAAAACAAUGAUUGAGGUUUAUAAUAUCUCUGGGGUGAGAGCAAAGGUUAAAUUAAAAAUAACUAAAUUUGUGCACAAGCGCCUACUAUCCACAGGAUACAGUCAGAGAGACUUAUUAUGAACCAUUGCCCGGAACGAAAAAUGAUCCUAAUCCCAUACUUCCUGUGCUAGAUCUAGUCCUUAGCCCCUGCCGAUCCAAAAACUGAUCCCGAAUCCAUAUCGCUCCCAGAACUGAUUCCAUAUCGUUACUGGAACUAAUCCCCAAUGCAUAGCGAUCCUAGUAUCUUAUUCUGUAAUCAUACCGGCUUUGGAACUGACAUAGAACCCAUACCGGCCCUGGAACAAGUUCUGAACCUCUAUCGGUUCCAAAACAGAUCUUGAACUCAUACCGUAUUAGAACUGAUCAGUCCUGAAAAUGAUUCUGAAUCCAUACCGGUUUGGGAACUUAUCCUGAACCUGUACUGCUUGUGGCCCUAAUAUCCAUAGAAUUCAAAUAAUUUCUGGAACUUCUCCCUUUUUAAUUGUGCUCCGGUCGAAAAAUUUCCUGUCCCAAACAAAUCCAGUAACUGAUUCCGAUACCAUGUUUGUCAAUGAACCAUUCCCGAUAGCAGAGUUUUGAAAAAAAAGGUAUUCAGCAUAGGACUGUGGCCAUCCAAUCAGCCAGGAAGUGCUCGCCACUCUUUACUAAAAUACAAAAAUAGCGACUAAUAUACA